AUGAUUACGAGUGGUACCUCAUCGAACGGAAUAGCUCAUGUUGGUGAGAUUGGGGCGUUUUGUGAUUCGGAUCCACGUAACCUUCCGUGUACUACUCCAAAUACUUUAUGUGUCAAUGAUAUUUGCACUUGCGCACCAUUGUACGAACAGGUCAACGGCGAAUGUAUUUUGAAAUCAAGUGAUACUUUGGCUUCGAAGUGUAAAACAUCAGCGGAAUGUACAGGGAAAGGAGAAUACUGCAAUAGAAGUAGCGGAAAGUGCUGGUGCUUACCAACACAUUUCGUACUGGGUAAAGAAUGUAAACCAGUGAUUUAUCCAGGACAAAACGGUUGCGAAGAUUCAAGACAGUGCGCUAAAGGUUAUCCAGGUGCAAUUUGCACCACUCAGAACAAAUGCCAGUGUCCAAAGGGUUUCAGAGCUAAAGCAUUUAGUUGUUUCAAAAAUAAACGAUACGCUCCACAACGUAAACGAUCACAGCCGCUCGGUAUGAGCGCUUAUGACUACAACGGCUUUGCUGAAAAAGCAAAAUACGACCAUUUCGAUAUCCCGGCAGUACACGAAAAAGCCAUCUCAUCUCUAUGUCCGGCACAGCAAGUAUUCAUACAUGAAACUGGAAUUUGUAUGUCAACACGAUUACCGGGUCAAUCUUGUCAGUACUCUGAACAGUGUGCAGCAAUUGAACCAGGAACGUUUUGCAGAAAGCUAAGAUGUAAAUGCGCUCGAGGAAUGAAACUCAAUGGAAAUUCAUGUACUUUUAUGGAACCAAAAUGUGCUAUAUAUGGCCAUGUUUGGAUACCUGAAAUGGGCCAGUGCAUGCAAGUGCUAUCACCCGGUGUAAAUGGUUGCAGUCAUUCAAUACAAUGUUCGGCAGCCGCUGAUGGCGCAUACUGUUCUCAACAUAAGUGUACCUGUCCUGAGAAGCUUGUACCGAUUGACGGAAUAUGCGGGGAGCAAUGUCAAGCAAAUAUGACAUUUUCUGCAGUAGUUGGAAAAUGUAUAUCAGCUAUUAAACCAGGAGGGAAAUGUCAGUACUCAUCACAAUGUCAAACGAGUGACGCUGAAAUUAUUUGUAUUCGAGGCAUUUGUCGCUGCUCCUUGGGUAAAGUGUUUAUAGGUGACAGGUGUGCUGAAAAUUGUCCUGCAGAUCAUGUCGUCGGUAACAAUGGAAUAUGCAGACAAGUGACAAGUGCUUGCCCAAUGGGAAGUGAACGAUGUUUAAGUGGUUCAAGCUGUCUUUAUGGCUCAUGCGGAUGUCCGUUUGGAACACUGCCGAAAUCCGGUGAAUGUAUAUUGGAACGAAAGGUUCCCAUUGGUUCUCCUUGUAAUUCUACUCAAAUCUGUCUCGAAAAUGCAAAUUGCAUUGAUGGCAUUUGUCAAUGCCCAGUGGGUAUGGUUGUGCAGGAUGGGAAGUGUCGUAACUUCAUGUUAACUGGUGUCGGGGCCAGUUGUGCUAACGGAGAAUUUUGCAGUGGCGGAUCAACAUGUACUAAAUCGAUCUGUUUAUGCCCAGCUGGUACAACCAACCAAAAUGGUGUAUGUAAAGAAGACCAAAAUGAAAACUAUGAAAAGACAUGCAUAAAUGGAGAGACAUGCUAUGGUGAUUUAUUUUGUAUUGAUGGGAUUUGUCAGUGUCCACAAGGAACAUUCUCGAGUGAUGGACAAUGUAUACCAACGACAGGUAAAUGCUCAAAUCCUUUGCAAUGUGAAGGAAACUCUUACUGCGAUCAUAAUAUUGGUCUUUGUGUUUGCCAAGAUGGACAUCAAUACCGGGACCAAUCCUGCAUAUCAAUGUUUUCUCGUACGCUAAUAUCACCAAUAAAAAUAUGUAUUACUAAUACCGACUGUAUAGCCGGUGCGAAAUGCAUCGCAAGCAGAUGCCAUUGCCCAGCAGGUGAGAUUUUCACGGAUGGUAGAUGUCAAAUGGUAUUUGCCGAACCUGGAGAAUCAUGCCUUAAUGGUGAAACUUGCGUAUCAAAUUAUGUUUGCAUUAAUGGUUCAUGCUUAUGCCCUGAUGGUGAAAUAUCUAAGGACGGUAACUGUGUUACAGAGGAUACUGAAAUUAAGAAACAUACCAGCUAUCAAGCUGAGCCUAAUUCUCCCUGUAGCAGAGGUGAGCUUUGCAUCGGUGGAUCAUUCUGCAGUGUCGUCGAUAGAAUAUGUCGAUGUCCUGCGGAUAGUAUUUUGCAAAAUGGAAGAUGUAAAUUUAUUAAUGUUAGAAUGAAGCAUGAGAAUAUACGCAUGCCAUUUUCCAGCCUUUCAAUUUACCUAUGUUUAGAACAAUCGGUUUUCACACUUCCGCCACAGAAAAUUCUUAAUCAAAGUAAGGAUAUGCUGAGGAAACUAUCGAACCAUUCCAUAAUCAGUUUAACUCGAGUAACCGUCCAUACGAAUCGUUGUGAAAGUAACGAUGACUGCAAAGGCGGCUCUUACUGUUUUAGCAACCGAUGUGUUUGUCCUUUUAAUAUGAUUAUGAAAAGUGGCCUAUGUCAGGGAAUGUUCCCGAUUUCACAUAAGAAAGUGGAUCGUAUUGGUAGACGAUGUACGUCAAAUCACGAGUGCAUGAUGCGUAAUGCAGUAUGUCACAAUGGAAUAUGCAUUUGCCUUCCUGGACAUGAUAUAUCUGGAAGUACAGAGUGUGUCCCAAGAGCAGUACCAUUUUUCGAAACUUAUCCGCGAGCAAUAGUACCAACAAUAACAACAACAGUUAUUGCUAUCAGCAACAAUAUCGCCGAGAACAGCAACAUUGGUGAAAUGAUAACAAAUGAAAUGGUAGAUCCAGGGAUAGAAGUUGAGCCGAAUAAGACAAGCUUUGAUUCUACGAUGUUAACAGUUUUACCACUAAUCGACGCUGGCAUUGAACGUAUCCCGAGGAGUCGGCAAACUGAAGUAAUCGUAAACAUAUCAGGCGGAGUUUGCAACGAAACAACACUUUGUCUGUUUUUCUCCGUUUGUCGUAACGGUGUUUGCAAAUGUCCUCUUGGCACUCGCAUCUCCGAUACAGAAUGCAAAUUUAUGGUGGACGUAAGUCGCCUGCGACAGUUCGAGAAAUUAUUGCACGGCAGUUAUUCGUUAUUAACACCUACAGAACGCUCAACAUUACCGGUAAAUUCACAAACAACCGGCCUGCUACCAUCAACUACUGCAAUUCAAUCUAUCUCAUCUGUAAAAGUUAUUACAACUCCAACGAAUCGAGUUUGGAGUACGGGAGAAGUAUGGCCAACGACGCAACCACAGAUAGAGCCUAAAAUUGUAACGUCGAUGGGUAUUCGAUGUAAAACAUCCCGGCAAUGCCCUUCUUGGGCUCAAUGCACCGACGGUUUGUGCUCUUGUAUCUCAGGUACUACCAUGUCUCGAAAUGGCUUCUGCAUACCAGUGAAUACUGAAUCAAGUCCAGGGAUGCCAUGUACUAAUGGAGAAAUAUGCACUGGAUUUUCAAAGUGUAUCCGAGGGAUGUGUACCUGCCCGCCUGGACGGAAUAACAUCGUCGAUAAUAAAUGUGCUAAAACUCUUCGUGGUGAGAACAGUUUGUCCCUUGCAUCAGUUGCUAUAAUGUCUUCCUAA